AUGGAUAAAGUUUGCGAAUACAGAAAAAUCAAAGUCCGAGGAGAGUUGUUGGUGAGUAGAAGGGUUAAACGGGAAUGCUUUAGCAUACUUUUGAAUAUAGCAGUAAGCACAUGCACCGCCAUCAGGGAAAAAGCCACUGGCAGAACCCCCAAGUUAACUAACAGCCACUAUUUUUCCAGAAUGAAAACUGCAGAGUAG